AUGCCGCGGAAUACAUCCCAGGUGCUUGAAGAGAGCUUUUAUGUGCGGGACGAAUACAAUAUACUCAACGAAUUCGUGGAGAAGCAGAGAGAAUUGGCUAUUGCUGGGCCCCUGUUCCUGCGGGCCAAUGUUACUUGUUGGACAACCUGGAAUAGGUCCGUGGGUUGUGCAGGAUUGUCGUUGCACAAUACGACUAAUCACACUCCUAAAGGCAAGACUGUCUAUUUGACAUACUGUCUCCUGAAUCGGCUCGCACAAGGAAAGCCCACCGUGCUUUCGAAGUCGCGUUUGAUGCGUUUUGCCUUUCUCCGCUCUGGUGUUUACAUGGUUCCAGGUGACUCCUUCGAUUUUUGGAACCAUCCUGAGGUCCAUGCAGCUAGAGCAGAUUUGCGUGGCCUUGUUCUCUUUGACCUCACCCCAGGUGAGAAGGUUGACAAUCCGCAUCGUCGCCCAAGCUGCAAGAGCUGUAUCAUUGGAUAA